AAAGACGAACGUCAGUGACACACGUCAGUGUGCCAGUGUCAAAAACCAACACACCCAUUAUUUAGCAUUUCCGUCUUGCGAUCGUGACUAACUUUUUCUCGCAGAAAAGACUGGUGAAACUCUCGAUGUCUCUGUAACGGCACGUAGAAAAUCCGAAAACAAAACGGUGAAUAUCGUUCGAUACCUGGAUUUGUAUGAGCUGCGGGGAAUAAUGCUACGUACGUAGAGUCUGGUGGGAGUGUGCUGGUUGAUUUUGUUGGAAAGGAAGACACAGUUGCGAAGAAAAGAGAGAAAAAAGCGAAAAACCUUGAACCGUCUCGCAAGUGCUAAUGAAAAGAGCUCUAUCGUUCGCCCCUCUCCCCCCAUAUCCCCCAAAUCCGUCCGAUUGCUCCUAUCGUGCACUGCCAGACCUUCGACUCCCAGUGAACUAAACUUGUGCAAUAGUGUUCGAAUCACAUUAUAGCGUUCAUUCACUGAAGUAGUAGCGUGGUACUGAUUGAAUAAAAAGAUCUGAAUCUUGAAAAAAAAGAGAUUGUUGCAAGCAUAAAGGGUGUGUUUCUUCUUGUUUCUGUACAACACUACCGUAUCGCCCACGAAAAGGAAAAGGUGUUUCGCAGUGCAUUCAGCAGGAAGCAUAACGAAAAAAAAAAGAAAAAGAAGGAAGUGGUGCAGAGAAUGUCCAACGUCCCCUCGAACGGGAGGGUGGGCGCUUCUUCCGCUUUCUAAAAAAACGACGGAGCAACCACUGAUGUGUGCAUGUGCGUGACAGCAUUCGAUUCGUGGUGUGUACGUGUGUGUCCCCCUGUGUAUAUGUGUGUGUGUGUUGUGGCUGUCGGUCGGCUCUUGGGAACAAAACGCUCGACUCCGAGGUAUCAGGCAGCCAUUUUGUUUUCCAAGCUGGUGUGCUCCACUGGCGCGAAAGAGUUGAAUAUAUAUAUUGAGAGCUGUGCAGGGGCAGCCGUGGUAGAAAAAUAAAGGCAAAUCAAAAGCUGCUGGUGGAAAGGCAAUCAACCGCUGCGGGUAAAAAGCGAGCAAAGACGGAGGGAGGCAGAAAUUGGACUGUGCCGCAGCGUAGCAGGCUCUGGAGAAAUUAAUGUAAUUUUCAACCUCCUGCUGGACCUGCGGGACUCGCGCAGAUCGACACAGACGCCAUACUGGUACGAACGGCGGUCGCGUCGCGCUUUCUCGCUAGUAUUUCUUCCGCCCGUUGUGCGUGUGAGCCUACCAGCUUUGUGGAAAAAGUCCGAUUUCAUCGCCGGUGCACGGGAGAAGUGUGACUUUUCGCCCGUGUGGGAGAUAUGGUGGCAGUGCUGCAGCAGCAGCAUUCGGCGGCUGGAAUUUUACGCUGACUUGCAAACGUUAAUGCGCGCUGUCACCAAUACCAGUACACGCGAGCCGCCGGACUAGUCGCGCUCCGGACGGGUGCGAAUUUCGAGAGCACACUGAAAGAGCGAGAAAGCGAGAGAGAGAGUGUGUGUAUGCGCGCGCGAGAGUGUGAAAGAACCGACAGCAUACUGCGCGCGCGACGCGAAAGCGAGACCACCCGAAGCGUCACCCGUGCCAGCAGUGGAAGUUUUCUCAAACGUUUUCAGCAGUGUGGCUUGUGUUGUGCUCGGGCCGCAUUUUUCAACCUGAAUUUCAUGCGGAAAUUUGCACAGAAAGCACAGGUUUCUGCAGAACUGUGAGGUGUUUGUGAUGGUACACAGCUGACUGGACAGCAAUCCUUGAAACCUUAAACGGCUUAGUCCAGAUACUAUGCAGCAAGGGUCAGGAUCGUCAACGCCUUCAGCGGCACCGGCAAGUGUUGUGCCCCCUGCGCCGGCAACAGUCGACAGCAUGGACGAACCACCGCCAAGGAACGAGCCCGUGGUAGAGCCGGUGAACGGUAUCGUGCAGCCGCCAGUAAUGCCACCGCCGGAGCGCCCGGGCCGGUUAACGAAUCAGCUUCAUUUUCUGCUCCGGACCGUCAUGAAGGCGGUGUGGAAGCAUCAGUUCAGCUGGCCCUUCCAGCAGCCGGUCGACGCGAAGAAGCUUAAUCUGCCCGACUACCACAAGAUCAUCAAGCAGCCGAUGGACUUGGGCACGAUCAAGAAGCGGUUGGAAAACAACUACUACUGGACGAGCAAAGAAUGCAUACAGGACUUCAACACCAUGUUUACCAACUGCUACGUCUACAACAAACCGGGCGAGGACGUGGUCGUGAUGGCCCAAACGCUGGAGAAGCUCUUCCUGACGAAGGUCUCCCUAAUGCCGAAGGACGAAACGGAGAUGGAGGUGCAGCAGCCGAAGGGUGGCAAGAAGAAGCCCCGCUCGCUGGCCCCGCCCGGGACGCUGGUCGGUAACACGUCGGUAACGGGCGCGGCCGCAGCGGCCGGUGUCGCCCCGAAUGCGGCCAUCGUUGCUGGCGCGAAUGCAGUGGCGGUGGCGGCGGCAGCGGCUGCAGCCGCACGGGCCCGGCCCGGAUCGGCCCUUGGGGCGGCGGUUUCGUCCAGCGUGCCGCCGCUGAGCGCUGUUCCCCCGGGGAUGGGUGCCGCCUCGACGGUGGUCGCACCGAGUGUGCCCCCGAUCGGUACCAUGCCGCCCCAGACUGUGCCUGGUAGCACAAACACCACCACGACGGCAGGACCUAACGCGGCCGUUGCGGCACUGACGGCGGCAGCCGCUGCUGUGGCGGCCGUAAACACACCGCACAAUGCCAUGGGCAACCCAAUCGGUGCGCCGGUAGUCAGCAAACCGAGCGCGCCCACCAACCCGCCGUACAUGGUGAACAGCUCGCAGCCCGGAAUGGACACGGUGUUGCCGCCCCAGCAGCCGGCGAAGGUUAAAAAGGGUGUGAAGAGAAAGGCAGACACCACGACCCCGACAGCAACCGUGUUCGAUCCGCACUAUGGCACGCCGAUGGAUUCGAACGCUGCCAAGAUCGCCACUCGAAGGGAAUCGGGCCGUCAGGACAUAGCACCCUAUCAAACCUCAGCCUAUCCGAUGUCACCGAUGGCACACCAGGGUUCGAGCUCGUCGCAGUAUCCGCCGAAGAACAAGGAGAAGCUGUCCGACGCGCUCAAGUCGUGCAAUGAAAUCUUGAAGGAGCUGUUCUCCAAGAAGCAUUCGGGUUACGCCUGGCCAUUCUACAAACCGGUGGACGCGGAGCUGCUCGGUUUGCACGACUACCACGACAUAAUCAAAAAACCGAUGGACCUCGGCACGGUGAAGCGAAAAAUGGACAACCGGGAGUACAAGUCGGCGCCGGAGUUUGCCGCGGACGUUCGGUUAAUAUUCACCAAUUGCUACAAGUACAACCCGCCAGAUCAUGAUGUGGUCGCGAUGGGCCGGAAGCUGCAGGACGUGUUCGAGAUGCGGCUUGCCAACAUACCGGACGAACCGGUAAACAACGUUGCCCCGCACCAUCAGUGCAAGGAGAGCGAACCAUCGUCCUCGAGCGACUCGAACGACAGCGACGAAGAGAGCGAGUCGGACGAAGAGUGUGCACAGAAGUUGAAGCUGCUCGAGAAGCAACUGUUCGAGAUGCAGGAGCGCAUGCGGAAGCUCACCGAGGAGGCACUGCUGAAGAAGAAGCAGAAGAAGAAGUCAAAGGACAAAAAGAAAUCUUCUGUUGCCGGACCGGGCGGUGCGGCCGGCGGUGGUGCGAGUGAUAUUAAGGGGAUGAUGGAUCCCCACGCCGGGCUCAGUAUGCCGCACGGUCCCGGCAAGGCGAUGCAUCAAAUGGCGGGCGUAAUGGGUCAACCGCCGAUGGGCGGUGCAGGGGCGGCCCCGGUAAUGCCAGCAGCCGCCACCAAGGCGAAGGCGAAGGGCCAGCGAGCACCGAAAGCGGGCGGUGUGGCUGGGGGCGCUGCAUCCAAUGCACCGGCAAAGCGCGCUAAGAACGCAGGCGCUGCUGGUGGCACCAGUGCGCCUCGGGCCCCGAACAAGAAGAAGGCGUCCCAGAACGUUUCGAACUUUGAUUCGGAAGAGGAAGACACGGCCAAACCGAUGUCGUACGAUGAGAAGAGGCAGUUGUCGCUGGACAUCAACAAACUACCGGGCGAUAAGCUGGGCAGAGUUGUACAUAUAAUUCAAAGCCGGGAGCCAUCAUUACGCGAUUCCAAUCCGGACGAGAUCGAGAUCGAUUUCGAAACGCUGAAGCCAUCAACGCUACGAGAGCUGGAAAGCUACGUAGCUUCCUGUCUCCGCAAGAAAACUCGUAAGCCUUACUACAAAAAAGUGUCUGGUAAAUCCAAGGAGGAACAGAUGACGGAGAAAAAGCAAGAGCUGGAAAAACGGCUCCAGGAUGUGACGGGUCAACUAGGCACUGGGAAGAAGAACGCGAAGAAGGACGAAGCCAACAAACAGGAUGUUGCUCCCUCCGGAGGCAACAUGUCCUCCAGCAGUAGCUCCAGUGAUUCCUCGUCGUCGAGUUCAAGCGAUUCCAGUUCUAGUGAUUCCAGCGACAGUGAAGCAGAAGCUGGAGGGCGACCACCUCGCAAGAAGAAGAAGGAUUCCUCCUCCCCCAUGGGAUCUGGAGGCAACAAUCCGGCUAAUACGUCCUCUGCUCCAGCCACCGCAUCAACACUAUCGGCAACGGCAGCGGUAUCGCAGUUGCUACCGAGUGCUGGCGCCAAUAACACAAACACCACCUCCAACACCACUACUACUACCACGAACAACAACUCCAAUACCAUCACACCUCUCCCGAACGCCGCCGCUCAGCAGCCACAGCAGCAGCAGCAGCAGCAGCAACAUCCUCCGGCUAACGGCAGCAGUGCCCUAAACCCGACCGCAGUCGCUGGCCCGCCACAACACUCCCAAGUGCACCUCGCUGCACAUCAGCAGCAGCAGCAGCAUCGGCAAACGCCAGCAAACCAGCUACAGCAGUCACUCAUACCGCCACCACCACACUCAUCUCAGUCCACAUCCACGCUGGUAUCAUCAACCUCCUCCUCUAUUACCACCUCCUCCUCCACCUCCUCAUCAGGUGCCGGAGGGGCCCCAUCGAGCAUGGGCGUUGCAGCUACCACCGGCAGUCACAACGGUAACAAUCCACCAGCAGCUACAACAAGCAUUGCUGCUGCCGUUUCAUCUGGGUACGGUGGCAUGAUGGGUCUUUCCCAAACGCCGGCCACAACAGUGGUUGACUCUGUGCCAGCGCUUCUGCAGAUUCCUUCACUAGCGCAGCAGCAGACGAUGGCCGCCGGUUCGCACACGCUAGCGAACGCGCUAAUGAUGUCAGCAAGCGGUACGGCAAACAGUAACAGCAAUGGCAUGGGCGGCGGCGUCAGUGGAACUAAUAGUAACAGCGGCAAUCCCAACCCGAUCGGUAGUAGUAACAGCAACCAACUCUCUUUACCACCUCCCAUACCAUCACCAAACACCACCACCACUACUACCAGCACGAUGCUACCUGUGAAUAAUAAUGCUUUGACCACCACCACCACCACCAGUACUAGUAAUAAUCUGGGCAAUAGUGCUAUCUUGAAUAACUCCAUCACUGUUACGCAGCACCAGCAGCAAAAUGCGGCACUCGGCGCGAACGGCAUUGCUCCCCCGGUGCCGGUUACGGCCCAUGCACCAACGUCCGGCAUUACCACCAGCAGCAGCAACGUUAUCAACACGAACGGUAGCGAUGGUGCACUGAAUGCCAGCAACGGUCUGAUCAAUAGUAUGCUGGGACUACCGCCAACGUCCCAGCUUGCUACGAGUCUGGCCGCGAUGACGAACCUGGCCAGUAUGGCUGGCGGUCUGCCACAGCCCCCCUUGCAGAUGCAGACGCAAAGUCAGCAGGUGAGCAAACAGCAGCAACAGCAGCAGCUGGUACAUGGAGGUGCCACCCAGUCCCAACAGCAGCCACAGCAGCAGCUGCAGCACGCACAGCAGCAGCAGCAGCAACAGCAACAGCUUAAUCAACAGUUCCGUCUCGGGGGUGCUGCCGGCAACAACGGGCAUGGCGGGCUCGGCGGAGGCUUCAUUGAUCCUCUCGAGCACACGCUCAACUCGUUCGAGCAGUCGAUCAAGGCGGAACCGCUAGGGCUGAACCUGCUGAACGACAUGCCCGCCGCGCUAAAGCAAGACCUCACGACGAGCAUGCUGUCCGCCAACAUGGAUCUGUGUAUGGCGCAUCUGCAGAACCAGCUGCACUCCGGCAACAACGGUUUCGCGAGCGAGUUCAAUGGCAACGGGCCGCUGAACGGUGGAGCCAGCGCUGGCAUGGGUCUCGGUGCGGGCAUGAACCAGAUGGUCAUGAACAGUAUGGCAUCGUCGGCUGCUGCUGCCGCCGCCGCCGCCGCCAACAGUGCGCUGAUGGGUGGUGGCAUGCCAUCGAUAUUCGAUCCACUGCAGAGCUUUAUGCGUUCGGGGGCGGGAGUGGCGGCCGCCGCUGCUGCCGCCGGAGGAUACCACCAGUCGAAUGCGGUCGGUGCGGGAGGUGCCCCGGCGGGCAUGGCAGGGCUGAUGACGGGUGCAAGUAACAGUAGCAACGGUGCCGGGCUGGGCAGCGGCGCCAGUGCUGGCAACGUCGGCGCAAUGCACGAUCGUUCGAUCGAUCUGACGCAGGCGGGCAGCAACAACAGUAACAGCAGCGGCGGCUCACUGGGCGGAGCAGUACCGCCUGGGAUGAUGCCAACCGGCAACGGUGGCGGUAACAUGAUGGCCAUCAAGAAGGAGGAACCGGGGGUGGGCGGUGGCAAGUUUAUGCUGACGCCGAAACCGAUCGAAGACUUGCUGAUCAACCCGAACGAGAAGAAGAUGGGCAGUACGCCACCGCCGGCCGACGUGAAGGGCGGGAACGUGGCGAACGCGUUCAACAAGGGCCAGGAUCCGAAGAGUGCCUGGUCGUCGCUGGCCGCCGCGGUGUCGCCCCAGAAUACGCCCACGUCGAACAAGCCGAAACCGUCGAUGGACUCGUUCCAGGCGUUCCGCAACAAAGCAAAGGAGAAGUUUGAUCGAAUGCAGCAGCAGGAGCUGAAACGAUCGCAGAAGGAGCAGGCGGAGAAGGAGCUGAAGCGCCAGCAGGAGCAGCAAAAGAUAAAGCAGGAAGAGAUCAACAAUGGACGAAAAUUACCUAUCGAACCCGUCCAGCCAAGAGUAGUGGAAGAGAUCAAAACAUCGCCACAGGGUAGUCCAUCCCCGGGAGGAACGCCUACCACGCCGCAUGCGCUAGAUCGUUCCGCCGCCAAGCGGGCAGAACUGCGGCGCCUCGAACAGGAACGUCGAAGAAGAGAAGCGAUGGCCGGUCAGAUCGAUAUGAACAUGCAAAGUGAUUUGAUGGCCGCCUUCGAAGAGUCACUGUAAAGCGCGUAAAAAAACCCCGUAAUAAAGCUGCAGAUACCCUUCCAUUCGAUUAAGGGAACGUAAUAAUAGGCAUGGAACAAUCGACACGGUGUUCCCCACCACCAUCAUACAUCCGCUUUCGAAGAACAAUCGAACAAUCGUUAGGACGAGACGUGUUGCACAUAUUCGGCAAUUAAUGCGGUCGUCUAGUUACAGCUCCGUUACACAUCCGCAGUGUUGUUGUGCGUGUACGAACCGUUACCCUAUUCCCUGUACACACAGAAACCUACAGCAUCCAUUGAGCAUCCUCCAGGUGCAGCAGAGAACAGUAAUCUUCGAUACCGAUAGCGUUUGUUACCAAAAAUACACAAAAAAAAACUCAAAAUAAAAAAGGGAUUAUCCACACAACGCCACCGCGCGUAAAACCACCGAAAUCGUAGGGAUGAUGCUAGAUGAAGAUAACUGAAUCCUGCUGUUGUGUGUGUGCCUGGCCAAAUGGGUAGUAGUAAUGAUUUGGUGAGUACGAACUAUACACCUAUUCUGCUACUUAAACAAACCCUCAUUUCAUCGUAAGAGAAAGGGCGAUCACUCCCAUGUUAUCAGACUAUCACUAGAGGGGCAAAUCUACACUAAUCAGAAAGUGUUAUACGCAUCCCAUACUCAAACGAUCAUGCAAUGUAUAGUUUAGCCCUACACACACACACACACACGCACACAGAGCGGUAAGCGUAGUUCGAAGUCUGUAACGAUGAUGAUGUGGAUUGGUUUGGUGUGGUUCAUUGUCGCAUUAGGGGUAUAGUUUUAUUAUGUUCGAUUAGCGACAGUGAAGUCAUUACUUCGUAGCGUUUAGCCGGUUCAAAGGAAUGGUGGACGGCGGUGCAAACGUCUUUACGCGUUAGUGGUGUAGUGAUGGAAUAACUCAGAACAUAGCCCAUCGCCCUCUCCUGUGCUAAACGGCACCACUAGAAAUCUUGUGUAUAGAAACAAUCAAACGAUCCCUUGUCGCAACUGACACCCCAGCAUGAUGGGAUAUUGGAAUGAGUAGUUAAGAAAGGAGGAGACACAUACACACCAUUACUAUAAAGCAGACGAAGUGUGAAUGUUAGCAGGAAAUUAAAAAAAAAUACUAUAAAUAGUAGAACGUAUCUAGACAUAUAGCUGUAGUAGAAAGUAAAGAAAAAAGGAAAAGAAAAACAAAGCAAAAAUGUGUUUAGCAUAGCAGAAGACGAUAAACGAAACAAUAUAUUAUGUUUACAAUUUCUGGGUAGUUAGUAGUGGCGGAAGGAGGGAGAGACGCAUCGUGAAUGUAACGUGCACUAGUGUUUAGGGAAUACUUUAUCAGUUGUGAUAUAUAAAUUAAAAACGAAGAAAAAAAAACAAAUAUAAACAGCCAGAAAACAGUUGCGGCUGGGUGUCGUCGUCGUCGUCCCUGUGUGGACGGUCGUCCAAAAUAAUACUAAUAAUAAUAAUAAUAAUUAAAAUAAUAAUUAUAUUAAUAAUUAUAUUAAUAAUUAUAAUAAUAAUGAUAAUAAUAAUGAUAAUAAUGUGUAAUUAAGAUAGUACGAAACGGACAUGAUGUGUACACGGAAGCGCGGACAACUAAGCAAAAAGGAGAACACAGGUGCACCACACGGUUUAUUAGUAUGGCUGUACUUUUCGUCCUAAGUCAUGGGAAAAAAGUACCAAGUGUAGAUAUCAUUUUAUCCGACAGAAAGCUGCUGUAAGAAAGAAGGUUGAACGGAACCAGGAAUCAACCUGUGGUCUACUGGGUGGUGUAGCGUUUUGUUACGUUUACAGUAAAUGAAGACAGAAAACGACAGAGGAGCGGGAAAGCACACACACACACUCACACAUUUUCCCAAUAAAAGGAAGGCAACGGCUUAUGACUUACCUUUUGCCUCUCUCCGUACACAGGAUCUGGCACUGAUCCACUCACACACACACACCAUCUGCGUUUGAUUUGAUCGUGUCGCCGGCGAUGACGUGCCGCGAUCAUGCAGUGUAAUAUAUUUAUGUAAAGUAAUGUUAAUGUACUCGCUAUUUUCCUCGUCCGGUCGUCGUUGUCGUUUGUGUGCAUGGAGAUGAUGGUGGAACUGAUGCAUUCUGGUUCUCCCGGAUGCUGGGGAGAGGAUUGAAUGUGUGUGAUGUUCGGCGCGACUAUGUAAAUGUAAGCCAAAAACUACUACGGAAGGACGAAAUGUGGUAUAAUAGAGGAAAAAGAUUAAAAAACUAUCAUCGGAACCAGAUUGUUGUUUCUCGUGUGUUUUCUCUGUCAUUUGCCUAACACAUUGUCGUCAUUCGUAUUCGUACACAAGUUCAUGUAAAUUUUCUCUCGAACUUUUCGUAUUAAAAAAACCAACAGCUGCAACUGUUGUGUGUGUGCGCGUGUUAGAGAAAUCGAGCGGGAUGAAAGGCAAAUAAAUGGAAAAAAGUUAAUCGAGUAGUAAAUCGUUGUUCAUGUAUGGCGCUACGAUUUGAGUGCGGAAAUGCGCCAUACAUGAAUGAAAGGAUGCAAAAAUACUGAAUGGGUUUUGAUGUAAUAAAAGAAUGACGAAAUAAUGAUGAUAAAUUGCGGGAUGUAAAAGAGGACUUUCCCCUCCUCCCCCCCACUGGGCAGCAAUAUUUGGUCAAUUUAAGGAGAAACGAGCAAACUUGGAUGAAGGAAUGUAGGUAGUGUGUGUGUGCGUAUGCCCGUGCGUGUGAGGUGUGCGCCAAAUCGAUGAGCACACUUCGUGAAGGAAAGGAUAAAAAUAUAGAAAAAAAAACAAAUGAAAUUGUAAUAAACGUUUCUUUCACACUUUUUUUUGUUCUUUCGCGAGUUUUGCUGUUAUUUUUCCUACCUUGCUUUGUCAGUAGUUAGUUUAUUAAUGCAUUAUGAAUUAACCACAAUGCUAAUGUAUUGUGUUCGCGUGUGUCUGUGUGUUGGUUGUUUUGACUCUAUUCGCAUGCUUAUUCGACAAAAAAAAACAAGAAUCCAACACAGAUGCUCGUAAGUGCAUCACACGCGACAUUUCUUUCUUAAUGAUGGGUUUGUGUGAAUUGGUUUUUUUUUUUCAAUACUUUGUAAGGUGUGCUAAAGGUGCGCCUUAAUUGUAGUGUGUUUUACAAAUGUUUUUGGUUAUGUUACGAUCAGAUAAAGAUCAUCAAACAUACCACGCACGAGGAACAGGCAUCUAAAUCCAAAUGACCUUUUCCUUACCCUACCCACAAACGAAGUAAUUGUGUAAGUAGAAGAAUUGAUGAGGUAAAAAGUAUGUUAAGCACCUAAAAAAAAGGAAUCUACUAUAUAUGUACUCCAGAAUAUUGCGUAACUUGAUAAAGGCAGGGAUAAAGCAGGAACCAAUCGAACAGCAAGAUCACGUUGCACGCACAUCUCGUACAUCGAUGGUAAGGAGGUAAGAGCAAAUUGUUCUCGAAGCUUUGAGUUUGCUGCUCCAAGUAAACGUUGAGCAAGUAAAGCAAGAAGCGUAAUAACAGCAGUUGGAAAUAUUCUAAACUAGCCAAGCAAUACUAAAGCAGAACACAAUCUUGCUGGGUGAAAGAUACUGUUCAAAACAGCCAAUGGGAUACGUGUGUACAGUAGCGUUAAGUAAGCUCCCCUUUGGAGUAAAUAGUUAUUUUUUUCAUUCUUUGUUUUACUGCUUUUAAUUAUUACUUUGUUCUUAUUGCACCUUCAGUUACUAUCAUCUGCGAUCAGUUUCAGUGAGCGUGGUGGAGUUGUGAAGUGUGCUCUUAAUGUAUAGUGUCAAAUAAAUUAAAAACGAGUAUUAAUAGUUUAAUAAGUUCGAACAAAGGCAUAAAGACGCACGUCCGACGAGGAGAAACAGGAAUGGAAUUGUACCGAUUGAACGGAUGGAAGAAGUGUAUGUAAUGGUAAUUUAGGCGACAGAAUGAAAUUCGAAUAAACGUCGUGUAACGCUAAUACCAUUGUCUAGUUGUACUGUAUAGAUUAAAGUAGUGAAGUAAGCGGCAUAACACAUUAGAAGUAAAACAAAACAAGGGGAUUCUAUUCAAUGUAAAAAACACGUGUGCGUGCAACAAACCAUCAAUUUUGGUGCAUUCAUUUGCGCGGAUACGAGAGAUGCAAGCGCGCGCGCGCGAUGUUAGGUACGCCAACGACAAAACAAACACGUGCGGGUGCAAUACAUUUUUUUCUAUAACAAUUUGACGGUACACAGUUCGAUGAUAUAGCAAAACAAAUGAAAUCGCACGCCCAUAAAUAUAAUGGUGAAUCAAUCGAGCAUACAUUUAGAGAUAUGUUUCGCACGGAACUACUCUAUCCGUAGAGGGGAUAAGCAGUUACGCGAAUUAGUAUAAACUGUACACGAUCCUGUCAUUUGAAAUACAUAAGAAAACCAAUAAA